GUCGCACGGAAACGGAACUCACAGCCUGGGGUCCUGGGAGCUGGCAUCCGCCAUCAUGGUGAGGAAGCUUAAGUUCCACGAGCAGAAGCUGUUGAAACAGGUGGACUUCCUGAACUGGGAGGUCACUGAUCACAACCUGCACGAACUGCGCGUGUUGCGGCGUUAUCGGUUGCAGCGGCGCGAGGACUACACGCGCUACAAUCAGUUGAGCCGAUCUGUGCGCGAGCUGGCGCGGCGCCUGCGCGACCUGCCUGAGCGCGACCCGUUUCGCGUCCGCGCCUCGGCUGCGCUGCUGGACAAGCUGUAUGCCCUCGGCCUGGUGCCCACGCGCAGCUCUCUCGAACUCUGCGACUUCGUCACGGCCUCGUCCUUCUGCCGCCGCCGCCUGCCCACCGUGCUCCUUAAACUGCGCAUGGCACAGCACCUCCAGGCCGCCGUGGCCUUCGUGGAGCAGGGCCACGUGCGCGUGGGCCCCGACGUGGUCACCGACCCCGCCUUCCUUGUCACACGCAGCAUGGAGGACUUCGUCACCUGGGUUGACUCGUCCAAGAUCAAACGACACGUCCUGGAGUACAAUGAGGAGCGCGAUGACUUCGAUCUGGAAGCCUAGCUGUCUUUCCUUCCCACCCCGUCACCAGUGCCGCAUUUUAUAGAUGGGGAAACUGAGACCGGAUGCUGGAGAUUCUGUGAAUGCGCUUUCCCAAGAAUGUGUCAACCAAUCGUCGUUUCUUAAGAACUUGGCUCCUUAGCUGCUGGCCACGCUUACAACCAAAGGGUACACCCUUGUUUUCUGAAAAUUUUCUUAGCCCUUGGACUAUUGAUAAAUGGCUGCCUUGAAACAAUGGGAAGCGGUUUUGUGCUGCGCUAGGAAUUGUUAGAUUCUUGUACUUUUAAUAUUGUAGUGUGAAAGCCAGAACUUUGCGCCCACCCUCGCUUUCCCUUUAUUAUCUCAUAGCAGGACAGUUAAUUUAACUCGAAUUCUUGCUCCUAGUGAUUAACUUGUGUAUGAUCAUGGAGAAUUUGGUUUUAAGUUUUCAUAAAAUGGGGUGAGAGUUUAGUGUUUAAAGGAAUGCUUUUUUAAUGCCAAUAAAUAAUUCAACUGCUUUGUAAGUACAAAA